AUGCAGGCAGAUGAAUGCAUACUGUUCUUUGCCAUUCUGGCCCCUCCUACAUUCUCCCCUGCAUCUGCAAGCCAACUGCCUGAGCCCGCCAUACACCUUAUCAAGAUGAGCAAUCUGUCACCCAUGCCACUGACUGAUCAGAUUGCAGGAGUCUUGGAGCUCAUGUUUCGCCAGAAGCUCUAUCUGACCACUCAUGCAGCCCAUUCUGCGCCAUCCAUAGAAGUGCCUCCGUCCAUGCCAUCCGCCCUCCUAUUGGAGUGCAAUGGCAUUGCAGAUGCUCUUGUGAAGGCCAUACGUAAUCCUGGUAGUCAUUAG